AUGUUAGGUGCGCCUAUUUACGACCUAAUAACGACUUCCCGCAACCCGUCAUGUGUCUCCGCCCUCCGACCGAGCGGGCGGAGGUUUUUGGUGCUGCACCAAAAGCCUCCGGCCACUGGUCGGCGCAUGGUGGCCGUCCUGACUGGACUCCCAAGACGGCUUAAAGGUGGGGACAGCACGGACAGUGUCAACUCAAUUCUCAGCGAUGCCCAGACAGCCUCGGACUCAACCCCGGAUCUGUGCGACGCCUGUGACCUUGAGAAUGGUAACGUCAACACCAAUACCACCGUCAACACCACUGCUAACACCACCAGUAACACCACCAGGCUCCCCAAGCAGACGGUGAAGCAGACAACGAAACAUCAGGUCAAGUUUCAGGACGUCCAACAUUCACCCCUGAAAUCCAAAGACUCUAACCUGGAUUCCCCCGCGGCUAGAGUCCCCCACCUGAGUGUCAGUGCCGGGGGUAGCGUCGGGGGUAGUGCCGGGUCAUCCCCUGCCUCUGGUCGCCUAACCGCCACCACUCGCCAGCUCCCGAAACCGCAAAUCCCGACGGUGAAAUCUUUCCCGAAUUCGAAAACGCCGCCACAGCCGCAAGUCACACAGGUGUACGUGGAAGUUCCGCCUCGUGGUAAACCCUUCCACCCACAGCCUAGGGUCUCGCGGGACUCCGAAAGCUCGUCCAAGUCCGCCACGGAGGCUGAUUCCGGCUUGGGGUCCUCCAGCGAGAGUGACCGAUUGGCGCGCGGCGAGGAAACUUGCGACACGGAUACCCUCGACUCAAACAACCUGGAAUUCCCUGAGGACGUAUCGGAGUUGUGGCUACGGGAGAAGCGGGGGAGUGUCCUUGAGGCGGGGCGUGGCGGGGGAGGUCAUCUCGCCCCACACAGCACCCUGGAGUUAGCGUUCAAGGGGUCAGGAAGCAUUGAAGUGAAGCGUCGCGGUAUAGAAGUGAAAGUUACGGCAAAUCCCUCAACAGUCAUGCCUAGUAAGGGUGUCGGUGGGUUGGGAGGCUUGGGGAGUGGGGUGACAUCUUCCUCCUCCUCCUCCUCUUCCGUCCUGACCUCCCCGCCUGAUAGGAAAGGGAAGGGAGGGAAGGAGAAGAGGGAGAGCCCGAUCACAUAUGGAAUGGCCCGUCAAAAAUUCGCGCCAUACUCAAGAAAUCGCUUUGGGUACUACCACAGCGCCUACCAGACUAAGUCUACCGAUACUACCACCUCCGCUACCACCGCUAAGCUAUCCAUGGCUACACCUACCACCACAACCAAUAAACCGACCCCCAAUGCAACCAAAACAGCAUCACCGCCAAAGACUACCAAAGCACACAGCAAAAGCCCACCUAGUCACCACCACGCCGGGAAGACCUCACCACCGCAAACCGCGAAAUCGUCACCGCCAAACACGACCGCCGGGUUAGUCAAGAGUCGUGUUGCGCUACUGGAAACGACGCCGCAGAACUCCGCCAAGAAGACAUCGCCGCAGCCCCCGCCAAGCCUCAGAAAGCCCCAAGCCCUCAAAAAGCCCCUAGUCAGACCAACAUCGCUCGAGAAGUCCCCAUUGCUAGUCAUGCCGGUGUCCGAACGUAACAUCGAGUUGAGCAAACCAGUGUUCCGUAGACUCGAAUAUUCCGAGUACGAACGGCAGAAGGACCCCACCGGUACCCAAACCAAAGGGGUGGUUGAGGAUAUCCUAAUCGUCGGUUCGGUUGAGACGCAAACCCUACCGGACAACCACAGUGAUCUCAAGGCGACGACGAAACUCAAGACAAGUCCGACCGGUGACCUGACCCACAACGAGGUCACCAAGUCCUCACAGGAUGCCAAGGAGCGCGAGAAAGUCCUACUGGAGACUAGUAUGGAAGCUUCCUUGACCUCCGUAGCGUCUGACCUCUCCCUGACCCCACAGAACCUCUCGCCAGAUGGGUCGAAAAUCCUGACUCCGCAAUCCGAAUCCUCCUUUGAAAUCCUUGAAUCCUUGAGUGAGACGCUGGAUUUGACGAUUGAGGAGAGAAAAGUUGAGGACAAGGAUGAGGUCUCCACAUCAUCCACUUCCUCCUCCACAUCCAUUCCGACUGUCCCGGCCACAUCCACUCAACCGCAUAGGGUCAACACACAUACACACACACACACGACCGUCUCACCGACCUCCGACCAUCACUACCGACCUCUCACAAACCUUCUCUCAUCGCUGAAAUCGUCAAUGGACUCACAGUCAUCCAGCGACUCCCAGCGCUCACCCACUGACUCAUCCUCCACACACCAUCACCUGGCACUGACCAACUCCUCAUCCGGGCAAUCGGGGACCUGCACACCGAUUCUGACAUCCGCACGUGACCUCGAUCUCGACUUUCUUAUCGACGACGAGAUUGCCGACCAGCCCGGAUUGACGUUCGGAGAGGAAGCAUCUGGCGGGGGGCUGUCAACGUCCUUCUUUGGGGAUGACGAGUUUGACGAGCUUGUCGCGGCCGUGUCGGGGGCGGCCGCAGGGGGUGUUGGGGGCGGUGGUGCGAUGCCUUCACCCACGCACCUCCACAACCACCACCACCUCCACCAAGGCCUGCUUCCUCACCUCCAGCAUCUUGGGUCCCCGGCGAAUAGUGGAGGUGGUUGCUCCUCCACUGCGACCUCAACUGGUGAGGGAUGUCGGCGGCCCAGAGCAGAUAGUUUGGACACCAGUACCUCAAGUCUGGCAGGGGAUGACCUUAUGUUGGACUAUGAAGCAAGUACGCCUUGUGACUCCACCACCACCUCCACCUCCACCGCCACCACCACCACCACCUCCACCGUGGGAGUGAGGGAGGGAGCCCGACCUAAGAGUACGCAUCUACGCAUUGCCUUGCCUGGACGGAGGUAUGAGGAGGAGGUGAUGAGUCCAGACGCGAGCGAGAUAUUCAGCGAGUGGACAGCGAUGAUUGCGGAGAUGGGCGGCAGUGAGAGAUGCUCCUCAAGGGAUGGUAGUUCUGGCAGUGGUCGAAUUCCGCGGCCCCGCCAAGGCUCGCUGACAGACCCCACCAUGCCUCCUGACCCACGCCGACCCAUGGUGCUGCGACCCCCAAGACAGGGCAGCGUGAGCGAGAGCGAGGGCAGCUGCGGCAGUGGAGUGGGCAGCAAUGGUCUCAACAGUGGAAGCAGCGGGGGUGGAGGCGGAGUGGGCGGAGGGGGUGUGUUUGUGGACCGUACCACCUACCACUACAUGUACCAGGAUGUGACGGCUCUGAAGACGAUGCUGUUGAGGCUGAGGAGGAUGUUGCAGGCUGCCGACACCAUCAACCCCUUCGACGCUAACCUCAGGAACUCGCUGUACUUGAGUCUGGCCAGCAGUGAGUCACCUGGCCUCAAUGGAGAGAAGGAUGCCAUCACCCCAGCGCAAGUGUGCCAGGAGAAUGUUGACCUCCGCAGACAGGUCGUGCUUCUACAACAACAACUCGAGGAUAAGGACCGGACCAUCCGCCUUCUACAACAGCAACUCAGCCAGAGCCUCUCCCUCCACCACCACCACCAGACACUCCACACCACCACCACCACCACCACGCCAGCACCCACCACCACGACCUCCACCACCACCACCACCACAGCCGAGAGCACUGUCAACGCAGCCACGCAGACCGAGAGGCUUGUCCGUGCGCCGCUAACCGGUUCGAGUCUGUCCCGGGCGGCUUCGAUUGAUGACGGAUUGGGCCCCACUGUGAGGUGAGAUGCUGGCUAUAUAGGUGUGUGUGUUGUCGUAAUUUGUCCUCUCGUUAUUUUGUGUCCUUGAUGUUGUUAUUGUUUGAUUGUUUGGUUUGUCUUUGUCUUCCUUUCUUUGUCCUUAUUUUCACAUCAUUCUUUUCUUCUUUCCUCUUCCUUUCUUUAUUUCCCCUUUUCUUCCUCCUCCUUUCUUUGUCUCCUCUAUUCCCUUCCUUUCUCUGUCCUUCUCUUCCCUUCUUCCUCCUUUUCGCUCUUUCUCUCAUUCUUUUCCUUCCCUUCCUUUCUCUCAUUCUUUUCCUUCCCUUCCUUUCUCUAUUCUUCUUUUCCCUUCUUCCUCCUAUUCUUCAUUUUUCCUGUUUCUCUCUUUCUUUGUUUCUCUGCUCUUCUUCUCUUCUUCCCUUCUUCUAACUCAUCUGUGUCUCCUUCUCUUCCUCUCUUCUCCUUCUAACUUGUCUCUAUCUCAUUCAACCUCCUUCAUUUUGCUCUCCAUAUAUUUUCUUCCAUUUUUCUUCUAUGUUCUCCUUCCGAUCGCUGUUUAUUCUUUCCCUCUGUUCCCAUUCUUACAUUUUCUUGCGUUUUCCUGUUUCUGUUUCUCUCUGUGCCAUUGGUCAUGUUUUCUUUAUCCUUUUCUCUUCUGUCUCUUGUUCUUCUUCUUCUUCCUCUUCUCUCUCUUGUUCUUCUUCUUCUUCCUCUUCCUGUCUUGCUUCUUUGUCUCAUUUUGUCCUAUAUAUUAUUUCCUUUGGUGCUGUUUUUCCCUUCCUUUUCUAACCUUUCUUUUACUGUUUCCUCUUCUCUUUCUCUUCCUUUCUUUGGUGUUGUUUUUCCCUUCCUUUUUUUUCUUCAUUUUGCUGUCUCGUAUUUUUUUUCUCUUCCUGUCUCUUGUCGCUGUCGAUUUUCCCUUCCUUUUUAACCUUUCUUUCUCUUCCUGUCUUUCUAUUACACUGGUUCCUUAUUUAUCCUCCUCCUGUUUCUCCUCUUUUCUUUCUCUUCCUCUCUUUGUCGCUGUUUUCCCCUUCCCCCUUCAUUUCCCUAUAUCCAUUUUGCAUGAAUAACUGUGAUAUAUUUAUUUCUUCACACCAUACGAGGCUGCCAUACAUUCCUUUUUCAAUCACUCUUUUUAGCCCGAGUCCGGAGCGAAGGUUUGGCAUGUAUACUUGUAGAGGAGAGAGUCAUGUAUUAUGUAACAGUUGUGGAUGUAUGGAUGUAUGUAUUUGGGUUGGUAUCAUGCACAGUUUUGAAGGCAAUCGUUAUCUUUUGCGUUUUUCUAAUAUGAUUUUUUUUGCACAAAGUUUACGAGCGAUUUCUUGAGAUUUAAGUUUAUAUCAUUCAGCUGUUUUGUGUUUUCUUUUUCUCUAGUCAUUUAAUUUCUCCUUUUUGCUCCUCCUGUUCCUCUAUCUUAUAAUUCUCUUCCUUUUUUGAGAUGUAGAAAGUUUAAAUCAUUCAUCUUUUGAACAUUUCUUAAUUUCUAGUCAAUUAUCAUCAAAUUUUUUUAUCCAUAGCUUUCAAAUCAUCUUUCUUUAUUAUUUUUUUUGCACAAAGUUUACGAGCGAUUGAAUAUUUUUGAGAUUUAGAAACUGUACAUUCAUUAUUAUUUAUCUAUGGGUUUGAAUUACCUAGUCACAUUUUCUUCAUUGUUUUUUGGUCAAAGUUUACGAGCGAUUGAAUAUUUUUGAGAUUUAGAAACUGUACAUUCAUUAUUAUUUUUUAUCUAUGGCUUUGAAUCACCUAGUCACAUUUUCUUUGUUAGUUUUUGUUCAAAGUUUACGAGCGAUUGAGUAUUUUUGAGAUUUAGAAACUGUACAUUCAUCUAUUAUUUUUUAUCUAUGGGUUUGAAUUACCUAGUCACAUUUUCUUCAUUGGUUUUUGCACAAAGUUUACGAGCGAUUGAAUAUUUUUUUGACAUUUAGAAAGUUUAUAUUCAUCUUUUUAGUCAAUUAUCAUCCAUUAUUUUUCUAUUUUCAACUUUCAAUCGCCCUUUUUUAUAUUAGUUUCUGCACAAAGUUUACGAGCGAUUGAAUAUUUUUUUGGCGUUUAGAAAGUUUAUAUUCAUCUUUUUAGUCAACUAUUAUCCAUUAUUUUUCUAUUUUCAACUUUCAAUCGCCUUUUUUUAUAUUAGUUUCUGCACAAAGUUUACGAGCGAUUGAAUAUUUUUUUGGCGUUUAGAAAGUUUAUAUUCAUUCCAUUCAUCCAUUUCUUCUUUCUAGUCAACUAUUAUCCAUUAUUUUUCUAUUUCCAACUUUCAAUCGCCUUUUUUUAUAUUAGUUUCUGCACAAAGUUUACGAGCGAUUGAGUUUUUUCGAGAUUCAAAAACUAUAUAUUAAUUUUUUUUGUAGUGUUUCUUAUUUCUACGAUAGCCCACGCUUCAUUUUUCCUACCAUACUCUUGAACCACCUCUACAUAUCAGUCUUGCACAAAGUUUACGAGUGAUUGUAUAUUCCUGUAAGAUUUAAAAAGCUUAUAUAUAUCUUUUUAGCUUCCCAUCUUUUUUUUAUACCAUUUUAACUCUGCACAAUUCACAAACAUUAUAUUGAAUCCUGUUUCUAUUCACUGUUUUUUUUACGUCCAUACUUGAGGUGUUCAGCAGGGAAGCUUAUAUAUUUCUUCCUAGUUUCUCAUCUUUUGUUUAUAUACCAUUUUAACUGCACUAUUCACAAACUUUAUAUUGAUUCCUGUUUUUAAGCACUGUUUUUUUUUACGUCCAUACUUGAGGUGUUCGGCAGGGAAGCUUAUAUAUUUCUUCCUAGUUUCUCAUCUUUUGUUUAUAUACCAUUUUAACUGCACUAUUCACAAACUUUAUAUUGAAUCCUGUUUCUAUUCACUGAUUUUUUUUACGUCCAUACUUGAGGUGUUCAGCAGGGAAGCUUAUAUAUUUCUUCCUAGUUUCUCAUCUUUUGUUUAUAUACCAUUUUAACCCUGCACUAUUCACAAACUUUAUAUUGAUUCCUGUUUUUAAGUACUGUUUUUUUUACGUCCAUACUUGAGGCGUUCGGCAGGGAAGGGGCGCAAAGGACACAGCCGCAUAUCUAGUCCACACUGGGAAAGACACGGCCAGGCUUCACAUACCAGGAUGAACAUUAAGACCCUGACUUUGGUCCUGAUCCGAACAUCGCGGUAGAGAUGGUAGGAUGGUCGCAAGGGACUCGUAUGAACAAAACAAACAACUUAUAUACAUUCCGACAAAAUUUGGUCUUUAAAAAUGGUAAUAGUUAUCUAAUUUCCAUUAAAAGAUGCCAUUUGCACCAUAUUUCUGAACUAUGAAUUUUACAGACCAAACCGUUAACAUAAGCCAAAUGUUGUCGGAAUGUGAGUUGUUUGUGUUGUCCAUCUGAUUUGCUUUUCCAUCUCUUACCGUGAUGCUCAGAUCAGGUCCAAAGUCAGGGUCUUAAUAAAUGCUAUGGGGCUUAAACUUUGACAGGCCCGGCAGACUUUAAUUUUCAUGCAUGGGCAGACACAAGGACCAUUGCUAUUUGGGUUAGAAUUCUUUAGCUUUCCGGCUCGGCUGACCCCCCUGGCUCCCGGUCUAUGAGGGUCUCUUCUCCCCUGCAACCUGUUUCUUGUUGUUUCCCAGUGUAGGGUAGAAAAAACUGUCCCUCCCUUAUGCCCUUGCCCUCCAGACGCCUUAUUUGUUAGUGUUUUGGGUCAUCUUAAAUUGGUUGGUGUUAUUUUUUGAGUCAUGUAUAUGUGAGGUAUUAUUUUUGUACAAGUCAACCCUUUGAGAUUUUAUAUUUGGUUAAUAAAUACGGAAUACAAAGGAACGGAA